AUGGCCUUCGACUGUUACUGCGCCAUUUGCGGCGUCGGCUUCUCCGGCAUGCGCAUCGGGACACCAUCAGAUGCUACGGCCGAGCGACGACGACAAUAUGUCGAGAGUGUAUCUCGGUCGCUGGACAGUGCGGAAGAACGACCGCCUGUUCCCCAGGAUGGAGAGGAGUCCAUUCAAAGCUAUGACCCGCGCCUGGUCGAUCAGGACAACAUUGCCUGGACAAAGCAGGUACACUGCUUGGGGAUGCACGAGGUCAAGGGGAAGAACAAAGCGUUUGUCUCCGGACCAGGAUACUACGCAGAUGCAGGCGAGCUAGCUGUGAAGAUGGGACAGCGGGCAAAGCGAACAUACUUCAACUGCUACGGCUUCGGGACGGAUGAAGCCCCUGGCCCGGUGGUGCCCUUCCACUGGUGCUGCUUUGAGAUCCUCCUUCGAUCUUUGACAGGCACGACGGACCCCAAGGACGUCGACCUGGAUGUUCUUUACGAUGUCAUGAUGGGCAUGUGCAAUAGCUCAGGCUCUGCCCUGCGACUCGCCUACGGUGAUGACGUUGCCCACGCCCAGGGUCAGUACUGGCGCUGUCUUCCUGGGGCAGAGUUCUCCGUUCGCCACCCCACGAACACACCAAACCUCGCAAAGUUCAUGCAAACACAACUGAAAACCAACAAACCCCUUCACACCCCAUCGAAAAACCUCAACUUUGACACCCGAACACCCAAGAACCCAUUCGGCGCUCUUCCCGCCGAACUCGUCUACCAAAUUUGCUCGUUCCUCCCUGGGUCAUCACUCAAGUCUCUUAUUCAAGCAUCCCCUUUCAUCCACCUUCUGACGAACGACGACUAUUUCUGGCGAUCCUUCAUUGAGUCCGAUAUGCCAUGGCUCUUCGACUCGACAGCGCCGGCGGAGAGUCUAACCCAAAUCCUGCGCAACUCAGCUCCUGGUGUGGACCUGAACCACAAGCAGGUGUAUACCUGGCUUGAUUCCGUCACCAAGCCGAAGUACGGCCUUGAGGAUCCGACCCUCAUGGGCAUUGCGAACCGGAGGAGGAUUUGGGGCGCUUGCGAGGAGCUCGCAAAGGGAUAUCGUGCUGUCGCUGUUUCUGCGGCAGCAUAA